UUGAACCGUGAUAUUGCAAAAUGGGUGCGAAUUCGCCUCAAAGCGUUGCCAAUUAAAUCGAGCAUCUUGGAAAGAUACGUCGAUGGUGUUUUUUCUUAUAGUGGAUGCAAGAGAGCACAAGGAGUAGCGUUUAAAAUGGUCGAAAUAUUGAGAUACAGCGAAUUGACCUACUAUACCAGAUGAAAAUGCAUUAUACGAGUACAGCUGGAAUCGAGUAUCAUUAUUCGCGGUUUUUAGCGGUACAAUUACAUAUGCUCAAGUACAAUUUCACAUCGCUGUAGAACGAAUUUUAAUUUUUUUCGUAGGUGUGAGCUGGGAUGGGAUGAACUGGAUGUGGAGCUGGAGUAUGUAGAAACGGUGAUCGGCAAAAAGUCAAUAGUAUUAGUGUCAUUAUCGUCACGUUGUACCACUUGCAGCGUUUAAAUUAUUACUUCUUUGCUAAAGGCUAAGUUUAACUACACCCAGACAGCUUGUUUAGAACGGGUACACCAUAGACAUACCUAUACCUAUCUUACCUAUACCUUCUGCAGCAUAUCCUGGUUUCGUAUUCGCUGGAACUCUGUGUGUAGUGUGUGCAUAGUAUACCACAUGCAUCCCAGUCAAGUAUGAACCAGUUAUUUGGCUGGUGUUGGUUCAUAGAAACGUGUUGUAUCGGUCGUAUGUUAUCUGUGGUAUUGCUAUUGCGGUGUUGUCGUCGUCGUUGUUGUUGUUGUUUCUGAAGUUUUAUGGACUCGCGAGUGCAUUUGCGCGAGUAUGUGAUUUACAGUUCGAUACCUAUUCUGUGAAGUUUUUAUGGUGUUUCGGUUUCCAGCUCGGAAAAGUGUUGGAAAAAUAAGUUGUUGGUCGUGUGUUCGCUGUUCAUCAAGUAAUUGAGUUCUCGCUCUCCUCGAAAUGAUUUUGAUUACGUGUAAAAGCGCCUCAUAAAAUAAUACCGUUAUCAAAAUGUCAUGGAGGCAACUGCCGUUGCAGAUGCUUUAUACUCUAAAAUAGCGAUCAUACCGGGUGGGCGAGACCUAGAGGAGCGACCGAUUAUAUUAAUCAAUGCAGAAUUAUCGUCUCAUGUUGCCAUUGAGAAUUUAGUCAACGUGCUGAAAUAUUUUUCGUCGAUUUUCAGUACAGAUACGAGAAAGCACGGAUUAUGCGUUAUAAUCGAUGCUCAAAGGACAACAUGGCGAACUACACGUACCAUUCUUCACAAUGUUACCGAAGUAUUUCGAACCGAAUUGACUACCAUUAUCAUACUGAAACCAGAAGUAUUUUGGGAUAAGCAAAAGGUGGAAAAUUGCGCCAAAUUGAAACAUCAUAAUGGGCCUAUUUACAUUCCGGUUACCCGACUCCAUAAAUACGUGAAUCCUAUUCACUUACCAGAAGAACUAGGAGGUACGUGGAAUUACGAUCAUGCCGUUUGGUUGGAAAAUCGAAUUAAAGUCGAAGGUUUUGUGAAAUUAGCAGAAAAUGCCAUCGUUAGCUUGGAAUCUUUACGAUAUCGUUUGAAUAGUGUUAAAGAGUGCUUGGCUCAUCGAGUAACCGAUAACACCGAAAAUGUAUCACCUGAAACGUACCGAACAUCUAAAGAAAAUAUAUUGCAGACUAUUAACACUGGAUGCACUUUAAUCGAGCAAUUGGAAAGACAACAUACCGAACAACAACAACACCUGAUCACAGUUCCUCAAGACAUACAGGACACAAAAGACAGAAUCAACAGAUUAUUGCAAAUAGUCCAAGGUAAACUGAACCUUGUCAAUGAUGCUUGGAACGACGUCCAAAAACGAACUGAAGAUAUGAAGGAAGUUUCGAAACUUGAAAAUGGCGUUUGCCAAGUUACCAAUUGGAUACUCGGUCCUGGAGAAAUGUUGUUGAAUGCGCAGCAAAACGUCGGUUACGAUGUGAUCUCGGCGGAAGAUUUGCGUAGGAAUCACGAAACAUUGGAAUUACAAUGUCGAAAACCAUAUGGCCAUUAUGCGGAAAUCUUGCAUAAACUGAACGUUUUGUCGCAGAAUGGUACUCAUUUCCCUCAAGAUUUAAAAUCACAGAAAGACUUCAUGGACUUUGUGUGUAGAAGUUUUGCAUGCCGAGUAGAAAGAAGAAGGAAUGUUUUAAUCACGUCAGCACGAUUUUUUAGAUUGGUCUCAGAAUAUUUUCAAACUACAAGUAAAGUAUACGAGAACUUAAUCAUGAAUGUGGAUAUCGAAGCAUUAAAAUCAGCUCAAGAUACUUUGAAAGAAUUGCAAAAAAGUCAGUCUGAAAUUGAUUCUCUAGAGAAAGAAUUGAUCAAAGAAGGAGAAAAAUUAUCAGAUUUGUUGUCCAUUCCAGUGAAGGAUGCGUUAGGUCGCGAAUUACCAGUAAAUUAUCAAGAAGACAUUGUCAACGUUCAAGAAAUUUUGGAAAUGACUAUAGCGAGAAAACAAUUAUUUAAAGAUAGCGUCGAAUUACAAAGGCUAACUCUGCAGCAAGUUAUUCACAUACAUAGCUACGAAAAAAAUGCCAUGCAGGCUAUCGAAUGGUUAAAUGAGUUAUACAGGGUGAUGCUGAAAUCACAUUCACACAUCGGAUGCGGCGUAUAUGAAAUUCAAAUUCAAAAAGAUGAACAACAAUGUUUCCAAGAAACAGCGAAGGGAACGUUCGAAUUCGGUUGUCAGUUAUUAAACGCAGCUCUAGUUUUAAGGCAGUCGUGUAAACUUAUCGAAGAACCUAACGCCAUUCUGACUCAAGAGGUGUGGAAUAGCUGGAAGAGAUUAUACGAAGUGAGCCAAGAACAACUUACCAGAUUACGAGUAUCUGCUGUGUUUCAUCGUAAUGUCGACCAGCAUUGCCAUCAGUUGAAAGAGUUAACGAAUAAUUUCAUAUCAGCUGUAUCCGAAGAGGAUCCGGCUAAAAAGAAGUCUCUACUUAAAAAGACCUUAGUUGAUAGAGAAAACGUGUUGCUGGAAGUUGGAAGAAUGAUACGAUUGGGUAGACUACUGAAGGAUCGAUUACGUGAACCGUUAUGUCCUCACGAAGGUUUCGAAGAAAUAAACGAUAAUAAUGAAGUAGCUAUCGCAGCCAUAAGUGAAAAACUUUCAGAAGUCAGCAUUUUAGUCGAGCAACUGGACACAACCCUGUGCGGAUUUAAAUUCGCCAUGGAAUCAGAUUGUAUUAAAAAACUUCUAGAAGGCAAUAACGCGAAUCGUACGCAGCAAAAUCCGCAAAGCGAUUGGAAUAAUAAUAGCAGCAGCAGCAACAACAACAACAACAAUCCAAAUACAUCAAAAACAGCAACCAAAGCGUCGCCGGAAGGAAGCAGUAAAUCGGAUGAUGAUUUCAUCACAGCUUCCGAAUGUACUGGUACUCCUCCUUCUAGAGCUUCAUCAUUUCAUACCGCUUCUGAAGGAGAACCUACUUCACCAUGGUGGGAAGUCGACCCUUCAAAUUCGUCCGAAAAUGAGCUCGAUGCUACUGGUCAUGGUCAUAAACCCAAAUCCGUUGUUAACCCGAAAAGCAUCGUCGAAACAGAUCGUGCAAAUAUCAAAAAUUAUCGCGAGUGUGCCAGAAGACUAGCUGCAGUCCAAUGUUGCCAUGAAAAUAAACCGCCAACAGGGUUGCUCAGCGACAGAGAGAAAAAAAAUGAUCUCGAAACUGUUCUAAAGCCUUUGGAAAAUUUAAUUUUUUUACCCCAGCAAUUCAAACCGAAGUGUAGUCUAGUAGCUCCAAAAUAUUACUCGAGUGAAGAUAAUUCUAGACAGGGGCUGAAAAUUGACGAUAAUAAGCAACCGGCUGGCUUAGGAGUCAAAAUACCCGGUGAAAAUCAAAGUUCUGUUAGAGAUAGUUUAUGUUAUCAUGAGAGAAUUAUGAAACAGGCUAUUACAGGAGUGUUCUGAUUAUGUUUUUAUAACGAUGAUUAUUGUUGUUGAAGCUUUGUUUAUAGUGUUUUCGUUAUUUUAUAUAUAUAUAUUUUUUUUUUGAAAUUGAAAAUAAAGAAUGAUUUUUAUGGUUUA